GGAUGAGCAGAUAAAGAGUUAUUUACGCAAACAUUCGUUGAAAAAAUUCUGUUUCAGUUCUAAUUUCGCAGAUCCACGAGUCGAAUCAUGAUAGAAUUUUACUAAUAAGACAGUUGAUAUAUUUUUCUUCUCUGCGUGUACGUAAAGUUGAAGCAAACAUGAAUCCUUUUUACAUCACUGGGGUGUUAUUUUUCGCCUCCUAUUGCAGCGGUCAAACUGAGCCCACAGAUAUGGUUUAUUGCAAGACACACAUGCAAGUUCACGAGAUCAAAUAUACUUGGGUUAUUGAAAAUUUCAGCGCUUACGACCACCAUAUAAGGGAAAUUCUAUCACCCAAGUUACGCGCAUCCACAACUGAUGAAAUUAUAUUGGAUCUUCGACUACACCCAAACGGUUGGUGCCCCCCAGGAGGUAGGGACGAGGAUGUUCGGUUUAAUAUAUUUACAUCCAACGACAGUGUAGUUGAAGAAGUGCUGGCAGAUUGCGAUGUUUCAAUCAUCAAUCAUAAUAAAGAGGUGUUACUUCAUAAACAUCUAAGAUCAAUAAGUUGUGUACCUGUGCGUGAGGAUCGAUGGAUCAGGAAUGAUGAGACCCUUUGCAGAAAUGACGACUUUUUUAGAAGUCACUUGCUGCAAAAUGAUACAUUAACGAUGUUAUUCCACAUAAAAUGUUUUUCUGAAUCAUCUACUAAUGAUGUUUCUUUUCAACGCAAGAUCCCAUCGCCCCAUCCAACACCCGACAUCGACACUGUCAUCGUGAAAAAUAAUCUUUCCGAAAAUUUCGAAUCGAUGCUGAAAAAUCCGGAAUUCGCGGACGUCGUAUUCAUCACAAAUGGCGGUAACUUCCCAGCUCAUAAGAACAUUUUGGCCGCACGAAGUCCUGUUUUCGCUGCCAUGUUCCGACGCAAAGAUACAAAAAGUGGAAAAAAUAAGAAAAUUCGAAUAAACGUCAGCAAAAACAUGGAUGGAGAAGUACUGCACGCUAUGCUGAGAUACAUUUACACCGGAAUAUGUGAUGACUUCGAGAAACUAGCCGACAAACUAUUCGUAGCAGCAGCAAAAUACGGUUUGGACGGACUGCGAAAAAUCUGCGAAGAAAAGCUUUGCGAGAGUUUAUCGGUUGAAAACGCAGCAAGGCUGCUGGCAUUUGCAGAAAAACACCACGCCGAUAAAUUGAAAUCCAGAGUGGACGAAGUCAUAGCAAACGGUCUGCUCGCCAGUUGAACACAGCCAGCUAAGAGCUGGGAAUAAUCACGAACAAUUUUAUGAAAUGCUCGCUUUCACAAUGCCAACGCGAAGAUACUUGAAUUUUUUUGCAUUUGUUCAAUUUUUUUUCUUAAAUGAAAAUGUAUCAAUUAAAUUUUUAAUCAUUAUAAUGUCUCUUAAUCCACAUU